UAAAAAUACCUUUAUUUUCUCUUUUCAUUUUGUACAACAGUUGCAAACACUCCAGUCAGCACGAGUGGUCCUUCUAAGAGCACUGCCACUAUGCCCGUCGCCACUCAGGCUGAGCCACAGCUUGUGCCACUGGAGAACCCUGCCUCACCUUCGUCACCUGCGUCACAUGACCCCACACCCGAAGUUCUGGUGCGAGAGGAGCCUGUGGAGGAGCAGAAAGAGGCUGAUGGUCAUGCCAAGGGCAAGGGCAAGAAGCCGAGAAAGCCAAGAGGUCCCAAGAAGGAGUGGAAGUUGCCACCUGACACAGAACAGGAUCUGGUUGAGUGGAUGCGAGACAGAAGUUACUUGUGGAUGCGCAGUCAACGUGACUACAAGAAAAAGACAGAAGCCUGGGAAGCUAAAGCAAAAGAAAUUGGUAUCUCGACUGACUACCUCGGGCACUGGUGGAAGAACUUGAAGGACUGGUACGUCAGGCUGAUCAAGGUUGCCAGUGGCCAGGAGCGCAAGCUUCUCACCGACAGGGACAAGUGGGUGCUGAAUAAUAUUUCCUUCUACAAAGCUGCCAUACCUGAUGAAGAAUCUGACACUGUCAUGCAGAUCCGACGUACUGCUGCUGCUGGCUCUACUACUGGUUCUGCCGCUGGUUCUGCCUCCACGUCCACAGCAAGACCCCCUCUGCUAUCCUUGGAUGACCCAGCUGAGACGGAGAGACAGUCAGGCAAUGUGCUCGAAGACCUCGAGAGGGAGGCAGCAGAGCUCGGAUCAGUCAACUCUAGUUUCCAGCACAGGAAGAGGAGGAGGAAGGAGGACGAGGCGGAGAGCUGGAUGCCCGAACUUCGUAAAAAUCUUCAGACCAACCAAACACUCCUUGCAAAGCUGAUGGAAAAAAUGCUCGAGGACAAGGAGAGGGAGAAGAGCCAGCGUGAACCCUUCAUAAGCUAUGUCACCCAGACUCUCAGGUCUUGCAGUCUUCAAGACUUCAACAAUGUCAAAGAGCUCAUAUCGGAUAUACUGAAACAGAUAAAGGCUCAAUCUGAAAGACCCUCAGCUUCCACUUCGGCUCCUCCAACUUGCACAGCCGCCUCCUUUGGGCAGUAUCAUCACUUGUAA